GCGCUCUCCCGCGUCUGUGAUUCGGCUGAAGAAAGAAAAACUCAACUGAGAUCCACGUGACACACCAUUAUAAAGAUGGCCUUUAGUAGCGAGCAGCGUGAAGACAAGAAGAUUGACAAAACAUUUGAUGACAAACAUGAAGAUGCUGAGAAACAAACAGAUCUUGAAGAAGAGAGUGAAGAACUGAAUGAAAUGCAAGAUAAAGAUGAUUUUAAGAAACAAAAUUUUGUAACUGGAAAAAAAUUAUACAGUCGAUCACAGAUUGACACGACACAGAAUUUGACACGAAAAAUACCUAAAAAUACUGGAAUAAGAUGUCAUUUCACCUGCCAACAAUGUGGAAAGAGUUUUGAUCGACAAGGAAGACUUCAAGUCCACAUGAGAAUUCACACUGGAGAAAAGCCUUACAGCUGCCAACAAUGUGGAAAGAGUUUUGAUCAACAAGGGAAACUUCAAGUCCACAUGAGUGUUCACACUGGAGAAAAGCCUUACAGCUGCCAACAAUGUGGAAAGAGUUUUGAUCGACAAGGAAGGCUUCAAGUCCACAUGAGAAUUCACACCGGAGAAAAGCCUUACAGCUGCCAACAAUGUGGAAAGAGUUUUGAUCGACCAGGAAGACUUCAAGUCCACAUGAGAAUUCACACCGGAGAAAAGCCUUACAGCUGCCAACAAUGUGGAAAGAGUUUCCCUUCAAAGAACCAUCUUAAAAGGCACAUGAUAGUUCACACCGGAGAAAAGCCUUACAGCUGCCAACAAUGUGGAAAGAGUUUUGCACAUAAAAACGAUCUUAAUGGCCACAUAAGAAUUCACACAGGAGAGAAACAUUUCACCUGCCAACAAUGUGGAAAGAGUUUCCCUUCAAAGAAAGGUGUUAAAAGGCACAUGAUAGUUCACACUAGAGAGAGGCCUUUCACCUGCCCUCAAUGUGGAAAGAGUUUUGCACAUAAAAACAAUCUUAAUGACCACAUAAGAAUUCACACAGGAGAUAAACAUUUCACCUGCCAACAGUGUGGAAAGAGUUUCUUUCUAAAAAGUUACCUUAAAAGGCACAUGAUAAUUCACACAGGAGAGAAACCUUUCCUCUGCCAUCAGUGUGGAAAGAGUUUCAAUGGACAUGGCGGCCUUAAAGUCCAUAUGAGGAUUCACACAGGAGAGAAGCGUUUCACCUGCCAACAGUGUGGAAAGAGUUUCAAUGAAAAAGGAGGCCUUAGAAGGCACAUGAGGAUUCACACUGGCGAGAAGCCUUUCACAUGCCCUCAGUGUGGAAAAGGUUUUACUCGACAAGGAAGCUUUAACAGGCACAUUCGAAUUCACACUGGAGAGAAGCCUUUCACGUGCCCUCAAUGUGGAAAGAGUUUCACUCUUAAAAACACUCUUAAUGACCACAUAAAACUUCACACAGGAGAGAAACCUUUCAACUGCCAACAGUGUGGAAAGCGUUUCAUUCAAAAAAGAUACCUUAAUGUCCACAUGAGGAUUCACACAGGAUAGAAGCCUUACACACACACUCUGUGUGGGAACAGUUUUGCUCAACAAAGAAGCUUUAAAAGGCACAUGAGGAUUCAUACUGGAGAGAAGCUUUAAAUUAUCAAACUGUGGAAGAACUCCAUCAGUAACACUAGUGAGAAGCUGUUUAUAUUUGAUUAUUGUAGAAAAAACUUCAGAAAUAAAGUAACCCUUAAUGAGGCUUCACACUGGAGCGAGACCUUUCAUAUGUCUUCAGUUUGAAACGAGUAUCACAAAUCAGAAAGGCCAUGAGCAGUAAUAUCACAACACUUGGUCUAUAUCUAUCAUAAUACCUGGGUGCUGAAUUGAUUUUUAUUCUAUCCUAUAUAUGGAUUCUACAAGUAUUUAAAUAUAUUGUGAUUUUUGUUUGCUUUUUUAACACUGAACAUGGGGAAAAGUUGAAUCAUACAGAUGUAUGUGAUGUAUAAGAUGAGUCAUAUUAAAAGCUAUUAAUCAC